AUGGCCCGAAAACCAAGUCACCAGAGGGUCACAUACGUGCUUCCUCUGCCCGAUGCCCCGGGCGGACAUCGACUGGGUGUCAAUAGCCUUACCAUCGACCCGGAUAAUUCCAUCCUGUAUUCCGCUGGUCGUGAUGGCGUCGUCUGCUCGUGGGAUCUCAACCUGCCGUUGCCCAAGUCAUCUUCGUCCUCGUUAUUGGGCGCCUCGAGACCUGGUCCAACAACGUUCCGAAGUCAAGUCCAGGCUCACAGCCAUUGGAUCAACGACAUCGUCCUGACCCAGAACAAUAGCGCCCUGGUGUCCGCAUCGUCUGAUACAACUGUGAGACUAUGGAGGCCACAUUCUGAGUCAACAGAGGUCCCGGACCCUAUCGGAAAACACGCGGAUUACGUCAAAGCAUUAGCCACCCCGGGGAGCCAUGCGUCGUGGGUAGCGUCUGGCGGUCUGGAUCACAAGGUGUACCUUUGGGAUUUGAACGGCGGAGGAGAGGUCCUUAACAUCGAUGCUUGUGGUGAGGAUCGUACUGCGAAGGGGUCGGUGUAUGCUCUCGGAGCUGUGUCCUCUGUCAUCGCCAGUGGUGGUCCAGAGAGUGUCGUGAGAGUAUGGGACCCGAAAUCCGGAAAACUGAUCACCAAGUUUGUUGGACAUACGGACAACAUUCGGGAUAUCCUGGUCAAUCAGGAUGGGGACACCAUCAUGACUGCGUCUUCUGACCAGACGAUCAAGGUCUGGUCGUUGACUGCCGGUCGUUGCAUGCACACUUUAACAAUGCAUAAUGAUAGCGUCUGGUCACUGUACUCGAACCACCCGCGACUCUCCGUCUUCUACUCCAGCGACCGCUCCGGGCUCGUCGCAAAAACUGACACCCGAUAUUCCGCUGACAUCGAGCAAGGCAUCUGCGUUGCGGCGCUUCAGGAACACGAGGGCGUGGUCAACGUCGUGGCAGCUGGGGACCAUAUCUGGACUGCAACUCCGAAAUCUAGCAUCAAUCGUUGGCAUGACAUCGAUACCACCGCCGAGAUCGAGUCACCCUCGUCGAAAGAGCGCGAGACCACAUCUGGCACUCCUGAAAAGGAAUCAACAGCCGUUCCCCGAAGGAAGAAGAUCCCAUACGAGUCACUUUUACUUCUAUCCAGCACGUCUAUUUUGCCCAACUCGCGGAUUCCCAAGGCUGGUCCAUUGGCGAAUGGACGGCCACAAUCAUCACAGUCAGAUCUCGAUGACGAAAUGGGUCUCACAGAACCAGUUUAUUCCUUGCCUGAUGAGACUAUUGAAGGCCAGCAUGGAAUCAUCAAAUAUUUCUUCUUGAACGACAGGAAACGCACAUUGACUCAGGAUUCUGCGGGUGAAGUGGUCCUAUGGGAUCUUCUCAAGUGUGUCCCGAUCCAAUCUUUCGGUAAGAGACACAUGGACGAUGUCGCUUCUGAGAUCAACACUACAGAAAGCAUCGCCCAUUGGUGUACAGUUGAUAUCCGCACUGGCAGACUCUCGGUGAUCUUGGAACCGGGACGCUGUUUCGACGCUGAGGUUUACGCAGAUGAAGCUGAUCUGACAGACUAUUCGGAUAUCCGCGAGGAUCAGAGGAUCAAUCUGGGCAAGUGGGUCUUGCGUUGGCUAUUCGCUCCUUUAAUUGAUGAGCAGCUCAAACGUGACUCUGAACAUCGUGCAGCGGCCAUGGCUAAGGCAGAGGAACUGGCAAAGGCGAAUAUGUCAAGUACUGCCCCAGUUGAUAUACCGUUUUCGGACGCAUCAAGAAACCUGGCCACAUCUUUCGAUCCAUCUAUGUCGUCUCUGCGUCCAGGCUUCGAUACGCUCGGCAGCCCUACAACGCCAGGCUUCGGAAUAGGGUUCGCCAGUAGCCCAGGGUCUCUGGCCACUCCUUUGCCGCACCAGAGCAAUACUCUUGCCACCUCCCCUGGGGAAUUCUCUGAGUUUAACAUGUCACAACAUAAUGAUGUUGCCAGGAGCUCGAUGUCCGACAAGUCUAGCGACUAUUUCACGUCGCCAAGAACUCAGACUUUGCCCCCUCUGGACACUGACAAGACGUUACCCACGCCUGGGGAGACAACAGUCCAGUCUCCAGCUGAGCCUGAAAAGGAGGAGCGAAGGAAAGGAAGUCUAUUCGGGAAGAAGUUCCGUAUGGAUUUCCCGAAGAAGCUAGGAAGGACUUCAUCCGAGGUCAAACCGCAGAUUCAGGAGGGGAAGGUCGAAGAAUCGGAUAAAUCAUCGACCAAGGAAGAAAAGAUCUUUGAGAACAAUUUGAGCGGCUUUAUCGACCGCGUGCGCCACGAAUACGAGGAAGCCCUCUCGGCCAACCCAGGACAGGAGCUGGCUUCGGCCUUUUCGCCCAGUCCUGAGAGCGAGACACCAAGGUUGGCCAUUCCGCAUCGUACAGCAGUCUUCAUUCAGGAGGAGUCAGGUGACACCGCUGUAGCGUCCGAUCUCUUCCGCGGAAGUGUAGGUCGCAUCAGUGAGGAGAUUGACAAGCUGGAGAAGUCAAUUCCCCUCUGGCUUGCUGAGCUGUUGCUCAAGAAUCAAAUGCCGUUGAAAGAUCCUGUGAAGGUCGCCUUCACACUGAAGCCUUACGAUGACCUUCUGCCUCCUGUUGUGAAACCAGAAGAGAAUGACGCCAAUGGAAACGCGAAUAACAACCGCUUGAAUGCCAACCGUAUGUUGCGGGCAAAGAAGAUCCUCGCUUACGUUGCGGAACGCAUCGACCCGCCCAAUCCCGAUGAGCCAGAAGAUGGUGCGAUGAAGCCAGAAGAGUAUCUGGAGUUGUACUGCCAAAAGAUGCUGAUACCCCCGAACAUGACCCUUGCCACUAUUCGCGCGCACAUCUGGCGCUCGUCGGGAGACAUGGUCCUCUACUAUAAAGCCAAUGGGAAGAAAGAGAUCAAGAACACUACUUCUAACCAAGAACAUGAAGCCGGCUCCAAUCAACCCCCCGCGCCAGAGAAUACCACGAAUGGCACUGGCGGAAGCGCUCCGCCAGGAAGUACCCAUUCUCUUGCGGCAUCAGGAUCAGGAUCGGCUUCCAUUAACAACUCCUGA